AUGUUUCUCUGUUUGGAGUACUUGUACCUGGGAGGGAACAGAAUAGUUUGUCUGCCUGAAGAGUUGGGGUUCCUCCACGCCUCUCAGCGCUGUAUCUUCACAACAACCGCCUCGCACCUGCGCAGUCUACGGACUCUGACUCUGCACAACAAUAACCUCAGUUCUCUUCCACGAGGCUUCCUCACUCUCAAACAUUUAGAAUCUCUCACCAUCAGACAAAACCCAUUAGUACAAGACUUCGUCAGAAAACUACCAGUCGGACCACCUUCGUUACAGGAAGUCGCAGGGCGUGUAAUCAAAAAUAAUGAUAUUUACUAUUCGUCGGAAACUCUACCACAGCCACUUGUGGACUACCUCAACUCCGCCAAACGUUGUGUAAAUCCUCAAUGUGACUGCGUGUACUUCGAUACUAGAGUUCAGGACGUGGAGUUUGUUGAUUUCUGUGGAUUGUACAGAGUUCCAUUGCAUCAUUUUAUCUGUUCGGCUCAUCCUAUCGUGGAGCAGAACAAUGCGAACCACACUCCUUCAGACAGAAUGAGACGUGUUCUACUGGGAUGAUAAGUAGAUACUAGUGAUCACGUGACAUCAUCAUUUCCGAUAUGUUGUUGUUUUGUUGGAGGGGACACGGAAUUUGUGGGACUAUUUUAAUCAGAAUCCAGGGCUUAAUGAUUGGAUUGAAAGAAGCUUGAGCAUGUAGUUCCAAUGAAUCUAAAAUUCGAUUUUCUAGAAAUUCAAAUUUAUAUUGAUUAAUGAUUAAUGUGCCAUAACUCAUGACUGAACAACUUAAAAGAUGUGAUCGUCGUUUAAAUUUCACUUAAUUUUAAGUACGAUGCUUAUUUGUAACUUAAUUGACCCUAACCUGAAGUAUACGAAAAGUUUAUGAUGAAAUCAACGGCCCUCGAUCGAGUAACCCUGAUUUAUAUUAGCAUAUUUGAUUCGAGAUUUGAUCAGUUUUCUGAUUUUAUAAAUAUCCGGUUAUAUUUAUAAAUAUAACCUGAUCGACUUUGUAAGUUGUAAAUAG